AUGGCUGAUGACAAUGGGUCCCAGGGAAGAGAAAGGAAGCAGGAAUUGUUUUUUGCAUUUGAAAUCCCCACCCAACACCCAGGCAGCCCAUUAUUAGAACUGAAACCGCAAGGCCGAAUGCUAAUGAACGCAAGAUACUUUCUGGAGAUGAGUGACACGAGGAACCUGAGUGAAUUGGAGACGGAAGGCUUCUUUGCUCUACAUCAACGCCGAGGAGCCAUCAAGCAGGCCAAAGUCCACCAUGUCAAGUGUCAUGAGUUCACUGCCACCUUCUUCCCACAACCCACUUUCUGCUCUGUUUGCCAUGAGUUUGUCUGGGGUCUGAACAAGCAGGGUUACCAGUGCCGGCAAUGCAACGCAGCAAUCCACAAGAAGUGUAUUGACAAAGUCAUAGCUAAGUGCACAGGAUCCGCUGUCAAUAGUCGGGAAACCAUGUUCCACAAGGAGCGGUUCAAAAUCGACAUGCCGCAUCGAUUUAAAGUCUACAAUUACAAGAGCCCAACGUUCUGUGAGCACUGUGGGACCCUGUUGUGGGGACUGGCGAGGCAAGGGCUGAAGUGUGACGCAUGUGGCAUGAACGUGCAUCACAAGUGCCAGACAAAGGUGGCCAACCUGUGUGGCAUCAACCAGAAGCUAAUGGCUGAAGCCCUGGCAAUGAUUGAGAGCACUCAACAGGCUCGCUGCUUACGAGAUACUGAGCAUAUCUGCAGAGAAGGUCCAGUUGAAAUUGGUCUCCCGCGUUCCACGAAAGAUGAAACAAAGCUGCCAUACUUACCAGCACCAGGGAAAAAAGAGCCCCAAGGAAUCUCCUGGGAUUCUCCAAUGGACGGGAUGGAUAAAAUGUGCCUACUUCCAGAACCUGAACUGAGCACAGAAAGACCAUCUCUACAUAUCAAGCUGCAAAUUGAGGAUUUUAUAUUGCACAAAAUGUUGGGGAAAGGAAGCUUUGGCAAGGUCUUCCUAGCAGAGUUCAAGAAAACCAACCAGGUUUUUGCAAUAAAAGCCUUAAAGAAAGAUGUGGUCUUGAUGGACGACGAUGUGGAGUGUACGAUGGUGGAGAAGAGAGUCCUCUCGCUGGCCUGGGAGCAUCCGUUUUUAACGCACAUGUUUUGUACAUUCCAGACCAAGGAAAAUCUCUUUUUUGUGAUGGAGUAUCUCAACGGCGGAGACUUGAUGUACCACAUUCAGAUCUGCCACAAGUUUGAUCUCUGCCGAGCAACGUUUUAUGCUGCUGAAAUUAUUCUGGGUCUGCAGUUCCUUCAUUCCAAAGGAAUCGUCUACAGGGACUUGAAGCUAGAUAAUAUCCUGUUGGACAAAGACGGGCAUAUUAAAAUCGCGGACUUUGGGAUGUGCAAGGAAAAUAUGCUGGGAGAUGCGAGGACAAACACUUUCUGCGGGACCCCGGACUACAUCGCCCCCGAGAUCCUGCUGGGGCAGAAAUACAGCCAUUCUGUCGACUGGUGGUCCUUUGGCGUCCUCCUGUACGAAAUGCUCAUGGGCCAGUCACCGUUCCAUGGGCAAGAUGAAGAAGAGCUCUUCCACUCCAUCCGCAUGGACAAUCCCUUCUACCCGAGAUGGCUGGACAAGGAAGCCCGGGACAUUUUAGUGAAGCUCUUUGUGAGGGAACCUGAGAAGAGGCUGGGCGUGAGGGGAGACAUCCGCCAGCAUCCUCUGUUUCGGGAGAUCAACUGGGAAGAACUUGAAAGAAAAGAGAUUGAACCACCUUUCAGGCCUAAAGUGAAAUCACCAUACGACUGCAGCAAUUUCGACAAAGAAUUCCUCAAUGAGAAGCCCCGCCUAUCAUGUGCCGACAGGGCACUCAUCAACAGUAUGGACCAGAACAUGUUCAGAAACUUUUCCUUCAUCAACCCAAGGAUGGAGAGGCUGAUAUCCUGAACUUCCCUCCCCCAGAGACCUCGCUCUGCGAACUGGUUCAAGCGAUAACACUUCUCCGGUCCCUUAUUUCAAAUGGGAAAAGGAACAAAACACUCAUCAAUAAAGGCCGAGACCUUUCAGCUCCUCA